ACAUCGAUCAAACCCAACAUUGAACUUCUUCUUCUUCUUGAGAUCUCACAAAAUAAACACGCAGUUAGCAAAGUAUGGCGCAAACCAUGUUGCUGACUUCCGGUGUCUCGGCCGGUUCUCUCCUAAACCAUAACCGGAACCCUCUCUCAGGCCCCGAACUCCGACCUCGUCACGGCCUCUUCUCCUCCGCGGAUUCUCCGGCUUUGCCCUCCCGUAGACUGUCAUCUCCGGCCUUAGUUCCUCUUGCCAUCUUCAAGCCCAAGACCAAAGCUGCUCCCGCCAAAAAGGCUCCGCCUCCGAAGCCGAAGGUGGAAGACGGAAUCUUCGGGACAUCAGGAGGUAUCGGUUUCACUAAGCAGAACGAGCUCUUUGUCGGCCGUGUUGCCAUGAUCGGUUUCGCCGCGUCGUUGCUGGGGGAAGCGGUAACGGGGAAAGGAAUAUUGGCGCAGUUGAAUCUGGAAACAGGAAUACCGAUAUACGAAGCAGAGCCAUUGUUGCUCUUCUUCAUAUUGUUUACUUUGCUCGGAGCGAUCGGAGCUCUCGGAGAUAGAGGUCAGUUUGUGGACGAUCCUCCCACCGGCCUCGACAAGGCCGUUAUCCCUCCCGGCAAAAGCUUCCGCUCCGCCAUCGGCCUCCCUGAACAAGGUCCAUUGUUCGGGUUCACGAAGGCGAACGAGCUAUUCGUGGGGAGAUUGGCGCAGUUGGGGAUAGCGUUCUCGUUGAUAGGAGAGAUCAUUACGGGGAAAGGAGCGUUGGCUCAACUCAACUUCGAGACCGGAAUUCCCAUCACCGAGAUCGAACCCAUUGUUUUGUUCAAUGUCGCCUUUUUCUUCUUCGCAGCCAUUAAUCCCGGGACAGGAAAGUUCAUCACCGACGACGAAGAAGAUUGAUUGAAAUCUGGUAGAGAGCUUCAUGUGAUGGAGUCUGAAAAUGUUUGUAAUCUGUUUUAUCCAAUUAGUGUGAUAUUAAAAACAAGAAAUACCCCUUCUAAUUAUUUUAAAAUUUCUCAUA